AUGAAUCUCGGCAUACCCCUCUGGGACGGCGGACCCGAUCUUGCAAUGCUCUUCCUAGCCAUGAAGCUCGUCACAACACCUCCAGUCGAAGGUCUCGCGGCCGCAGACCAUCCUCUCUACGCCACUUCAAAGCGCUUUGUGGCUCUUCUCGAGUCCAGCGGGACUAUGUCUAUGCUGUACCUUCAGGCCAUGAUUCUCGUUGCACUGUAUGAGUUUGGUCAUUCUAUCUAUCCCGCCGCUUGGAUGACUAUAGGAUCUUGUGCGCGGUACGCACAGAUCCUGGGCAUCCCUUCAUAUAGUGAUUCGUGCCUCGUUCUCGGACAAUGCACAACGUGGACAGAGGCUGAGGAAAGGAGGAGAGCAUGGUGGGCCGUUUACAUUCUCGACCGAGCGAUCUCCUUAGGAAGUAAAAAGGGAUACGCACUGUCAGAGCCAACAGAUCUUGAUGCACUGCCCGUCGAUGAUGUCGCUUGGGAUGAUGGUGACAUGGCUCGCGCCUUUCAGCGCCGCGUGACAACUCCCCUGGAAGACCGACAAGGUCCCUUCACACGACUCGCACAAGCGUCAGUGCUCCUUUCGAAAACAAGGAACUACAUCAGGGACACACGCCUGCGGGCGCUCAACAACGAAGGCGACGCCGUUGACAUCUCGGAAGUAGCGCGCAUGACGGAGCAGCUGUCACAGCUUUGCACAUACAUCGACAACGAGAUGAAGGCCGAGCUGACCAGCGAGACGGCCGACUCGAGCCCCUUCUUCGCGCGGAUGGCCGCGCGCUGCAUCGUGUGGUCGACCGUCAUCAUGAUCCUCGACGCGUACAGCUGCCCGGAGACGAUGCGGGAGCAGUACGGCACGCCGGGGCCGGCGCUCAAGAGCGAGGCCGAGCUGGCGAUGCAGGUCGAGGCCAUCGACGGCCUGCGCAAGAGCUCGGACCGUAUCCUCGAGUUCGGGCGCACGCUGCUCGAGUUCACGGCGGACAUGACGACCGCGGAGCUGGGCCGGGUGAGCCCCCUGAUCCUGGACAGCAUGUACUGCGCGAUGGCGACGUACCACUGGCUGUGGAAGGAGGGCGGCAACCCCGAGGUGGAGGAGGCGCUGGAGGAGGUGAAGUCGGCCCUGCGUAGGUUGACGUUGCGGUGGCGCUUGGCGAGUGAAUACCUCAUCAUCGAGGAGUAUCACGACGUCACGACUAUGAUGGCGAUAAGAGCAGGGACUUGA